AUAAUGAGAGUUGACCUUCAAUGUUUGUUUAAAGGCUCAGUGAAAGGACUCAUCUGUCCUCUCCACUGCCUUCUUCAUCGAGGACUUCUCCAGCUUCUUCUCCAUCUCGUUCUCCUAGCACUGAUUCAAACCAGCCUCCCCGUCGUCGUCGUCGUCCUUCUCCCUCAAGAUUCCGUACAAAGGAUAAAGCUUUUCGAACCUCCAGGAUAGAAACCAAGGAAAAUCAAGCAGAGGAACAGAGGAUAGAAACACAAGCAAAGAAAACUCAAACAGAGGAACCAGAAACACAAGCAAAGAAAACUCAAACAGAGGAACCAGAAACACAAGCAAAGAAAACUCAAACAGAGGAACCAGAAACACAAGCAAAGAAAACUCAAACAGAGGAACCAAGAAACCAAACCCGCAAACACGUACAAACCAGUGAACCACCACCACCACCCAUACCUGAUCCAGUCUUUGAUGAUGGCGAGGAGGUUCUGGCCCGGUGGGAGGAUGACCGAUGGUACUACAAAGGAAGGAUUGUCCAGCGCAUGGAUAAAUACAACUACAAGGUGAAAGAUACCACAGGCCGAGAUGACAUCAUCAGUGGGGAAGAUAUCGUCCGGAUAACUGAUCAUUACGACACUGUGUCCUCUCCCGAGAGAGCCAGUGGCUGUGUACUGGCCCCACACCCUAUCUACUACUGGAGCUACGCCCCUGGUCGGGUGGUGGAAACGCUUGAUCAGCAUCUAACUGUCCGUUUCUAUGACAACAAUCAGAAAAACAUCAACAGUUCGGACGUGUACGCUGCCAGGAAGCGAGAGAAACAUGACAAGGACGUGGCGGAGAUUCGCCAGCGAGAGAAAGACUGGGAGGGACUGAAGGCUUUCAUCAGAGACGAAUCAGGCGUGUAUAAACUAGGUACAAUAGAAAAACAGAUAGGACGUCAGCAGAAAUAUUCCGUGAGAUGGGGCGAUGGCCAGUGCAGCGAACAGAUGUCCAUCCACAUCUAUGGAACAUACACCCCUAUGAUCAAGUUCAAGGUCGGCAGCUACAUCCUGGCACGUGCUGACCCUGACAGAAUACAUUUCCUUCCGGGUCAAGUGAGAAAUGUCCACAGAGAUGGAGACGAUCAAAAGCUAGAAGUGGAGUUUGUCAAUGGGAAAAGCUUAAAGAAUGUACUCUCCAAACAUAGUUAUUGGAUGAACAAGAUGGCGUUUAUUGAGGCAAAGAAGAUGUUUCUGGCGCAUCACCAAGACCUGAGUGAUGAGGAAGACUCCCCUCGUUUCGACUAGACUGCAUUCAGGUCAUCUCCAUCCAAUAUAUGACAUCUCGGAGAGCAUCUGGAAGAAUCCAAUUUGGAUCUAGAGUCACUAGUUUCACAAUUCACGUGACUGUCACAUGACACAAUAUGGCAGAAGUCAGGGCCCUUAUAUGCAAAUACUGCUGCUAUUGAAGUCUCUGGCUUCCUAACUCACGUGGCCCAAUAUGAAAAUGGCCGUGACCAAUAUGUGUGAUUAUUGCUUUAUAUGAAAGUGAAUAUAUUUUCACCAUGAAUAUUUAAUCAAAAUCGUCCGCCAUGUUGUACAAACCACAUACUGAGGAAUCGGUCCGUGUUGCUUACAGUGAAUACACGCACUGUCAAUAUUUCCAUGGUGUCCGAGGUAUUAUCUUGGUGACGAGGGUACCAGUCGAAUUGAGCCAGCUCCAAAAUGCCCUAGAAAAUUUGGUCAAAUUGGCCCGGAUAUUUGUCAAAUUUCCCAAGGGGGUAGUCCGAAUGGCCAAGUUUAUUUGAAAUGAUUAAAUAUAUUCCAUAACUGCAUAGUUUUUGUCAAUUUUGAUAUUAUAUUCUUCACAUAAAAGGUAUUAAUAAGUAAUAUUUCUAAUAAAUGUUCCAUUAGUAAACACAUAACAGCAAAAUGAAUAUCCCUGUAUAGAAAACACUGUAAUACCAAUCAUUAUGCAUGUUAUUUGCUCUUAUGAGUUUACUAAUGGAACAUUUAUAAGAAAUAUUACUUCCUAAUUACUUUUAUACUUCAGCUAGCUAGUAUUACACUGACGUGCAAAAAAAGUUCACACUUAGUGCUCUGAGAUGCCUGAGGUGCCUGACUCUGACGAUGUGGGUUCAAAUCCCGUAUGGGACUGAACCUAAGAAAAGUCUAAAUCUGCAUUUUACUGAGAAAGUGUAAUCUUAAAACUUAAUGUUAUAAAUAACCUUUAGUUUUGGCAAUGGCAUUACAUGCCGUCCUUUCUUCUUUCGUAAAGUAAAUACAUGAAUUAAAAUAAUGCUUGUAUUAUUGUUGA